UCGACAAGCAACUGCUCUGAGAUUCCUCAUCAUUUCCCAAAAAUCAUUAAAAUCUCUAAAAAUAACGGGAUACCUGUGCGACUCAAUCUUUCUAAAAUACGUGUUUCAGGAAGCCAUGAGUAGUCAGAUUAAUUCGUUGAGAUACAUCGAAUUUCAGGAGAUGUGGUUUAAAUCAAAAGAAGAUUUGGUUGUAUUAACAUUUUGUUUUAAUUUGGAAGUGUUAAAGUUUAAUUGGUGCUGGGGGUUGACUAACGAUUUGGUUAAGGUACUGGUGGAUGCCAAGUUUCUCCGACUAAAAGUUGUGGAAAUCAAAGGAUGCUCGCCGUGGGAUUUGAAAGUGUGGGCAGAAGCCUACCAAAAGUUUAAGAACUAA